AUAAAAACCCCUGGGGUCUGCAGCUCAGCUCCAAGCUCUGAGUGCUCCCACAGCCGCACGCCAACCCCGCUGCCACCAUGGUGCACUGGUCCGCCGAGGAGAAGCAGCUCAUCACCAGCAUCUGGGGCAAAGUCAACGUGGAGGAAUGCGGUGCCGAAGCCCUGGCCAGGCUGCUGAUUGUCUACCCCUGGACCCAGAGGUUCUUUGAUAACUUCGGGAACCUCUCCAGCCCCACUGCCAUCAUUGGUAACCCCAAGGUCCGUGCUCAUGGCAAAAAAGUGCUGAGCUCCUUUGGGGAAGCUGUGAAGAACCUGGACAACAUCAAGAGCACCUAC